AUGUUUCGCGCUCAAGCAAAUACAUUCGAUGAAGUCGUCACCAAGGCGACCGACGAGAACUUGACAUCAGAGAACUGGGCUCUCAUACUGGACGUAUGCGAUCGCGUGUCGACAUCGCCCACCGGUCCUCAGUCGGUCACGGCCGCCUUGAUCAAGCGUCUCGCCCACCGUAACGCCAAUGUCCAGCUAUACACACUUGAGCUCGCCAAUGCCUUGUCGCAAAACUGCGGUGCGCCUAUCCACCGUGAACUCUCCUCUCGCUCUUUCACCGAUGCUUUACUCCGCCUGGCCGCCGACCGCAACACCCACCAGCAAGUCAAGAGUAAGAUCCUCGAGCGUAUGCAAGAAUGGAAGGACAUGUUCAAGGGAGACGCCGACUUGGGCAUCAUGGAGCAGGCAUACGAUAAACUACGUUCCUCGAAUCCUGGUCUCGCCCCGCCUGGCAAGCCCGUCAAGCGACAGAUUGAGGAUACGGAUCGUCGCAAGGAAGACGAGGAGUUGCAGAUGGCUCUGGCCCUGAGUCUGAAGGAUAAGGGCAGUCAACCUGAACCAGAAGCAUCUUCGGCAACCUCUCAGCAACCCCAGUCAGACGCCCAGCAAGGCACAACAGCCGCCACUGUCAGCCGAGUCAAGGCACUCUACGACUUUAUUCCUUCCGAGCCUGGCGAGCUGGCCUUCAAGAAGGGGGAUGUAAUUGCUGUCAUCGAGUCUGUUUAUAAGGACUGGUGGAAGGGCUCUCUCCGUGGUCAGACUGGUAUCUUUCCUCUGAACUACGUCGAGAAGCUGCAGGAUCCUACAAGGGAGGAGCUUGAAAGAGACGCUCAGACCGAGGCAGACGUCUUCUCACAGAUCAGGAACGUCGAGAAGCUCUUGGCCUUGCUGAGUGUCAGGGGCGAAAACUCGCGUGACACUGGCAGUGAAGAUGAAAUCACCGAUCUGUACAACCAGACUCUGUCCAUUCGCCCUAAGCUGAUUGAGCUCAUUGGAAAGUACUCGCAAAAGAAAGACGAGUUCACGCAGCUCAAUGAGAAGUUCAUCAAGGCUCGACGCGACUACGAGGCUCUCUUGGAAUCGUCCAUGUCACAACCACAAUACCCUGCCCCGGCUAGACAGCAUUCUGGCGGCUACUACAACCCUUAUCCUCCGAUGCAAUCUGGAUAUCCUCCUCAAGGCCCUCCUCCCGACCAACGCUUCUACAACCAGCCUCCCCCAUCCGAGCCUCCCCAGCAGAACGCUUAUGCUUACCCUCCUCCCAUGACCAAUCCUUCUGCCACCCCAGCACCGGCUCCCUUUCACUUCCUACCUAAUGGUGCUCCACCACCGGAGGCUCGUCAAAGCCCGAAGCCUAUGGGACCUGGCCCAAGUGCUCCUCCUGGGGAUGGCGUGUACAGCCCCGGUAUGCAGCCAUACAAUAACCGCCCGCAAAGUAUACACACUCUCAACUCGGGAAACCCUCAAGAGCUCAGCACGAGUGCUUAUGAAAGUCCCACUGAUGGCCGCAAUAAUGUCUAUGGCGCUGGCGCCCCUGUACCCGCACCACUGAAUUACGCUGCCUCACCGCAACCCCAACAACCCACAAGUGCACCACCCGCUCCCCCGCAGCAACAACAAAUGCCCAUCAGACAACGCACCUCCAGUUUCGAGAGCCCGACAUCGAUGUACUCUGCCCAAGCACCUCAGGAAACCUCCACUGCGUCCUAUCCACCACAAUACCCACCUCAGCAGCAUCCUAAUCAGUCCUAUACCAGUCUGAGUGGAAGCCAGCCUUCUGCUCCUCCGGCAGCGGCUCCUUCUUAUCAGGCCUAUAACCCUCAGGCUGUACCACAGGGACAGCAGGCUCCUCCUCCUCCACAGCAGCAGCAGCAGCAGCAGCAGCAAUUCGCUCCUCCAGCUGGUGGUGAUGAUGCUAGCGAUUACUACCGUUAG